CUCACAUACGCACACACAGUUCACACUGUCACGCUGUUCUCUGGCACUUUGUGCUGAAACAAAUCUGAUUGACGGAAAAAUAAAGUGGGAAACCAGAAGCACUGCAGGCCUUCUGCAAGCUUCCUGUCUCACUUGACAAGUUUCUAGCCACAGGAGAUCAAGGCAUGCCAGAGGAUAAAGUUAUGUCCACAUCAUCCACUCACAUUGUGUUGAUCCUUUUUUUCUUCCUCGUGUUCCUAAUUGUGGUGCUGAUCAUCUUGUACAAGAAGUUGAACCGGGAGACAAAUGGAGAAUACACCAUCCGGCGCAUGGUGUAUAAGGAAGGGGGGAUCAGGGAUUGGAUGAGAGGUUCAAUAAUGGUGCUGGAAACACACCUUGGAGUCCGGCUGUGGCCUCGAGGGGACGAGAAUUCAGAUGGAGAAGAAGUGGAGGAAAUGCAAGAUGAGGAAAAGAAGGUGGAAAACAGGAGUCCCAGGAGUAGCACCAAGGGGGCUGAGCAAGAGGAGAAUGGUGUGGCAGUUUGUGGUGAAAUGAAGGGAGAUAAAGGAGACACUUCAGAUGACACCUCAAGUUUGGAGAGUUUGAAUGCAGAGGAGCAGACCAAGCUUGUAAAUCAGCCUGAAAUGGAGGGGGAAACAGAGGAAAUGGGGGAGCAAGUAGAAGAAAAAGAUAAAGGCGAAGUGAGUGGAGGGACUGGUUUGUUGAUAGACCUAAAGCAGUUUUCUGGAAGUGCCAUCUGGUCUGAGGAAAACAAAGAGGAGGGUAAGGAUAGUGAUGUGACUGCGCUGUGAAAAAAAAAAAAAGGAAA